CGCGAGCGGCCAUGGCGGUGCGGUGGGCCAGGCGGAGGCUCUGGACGGGCGGCGCCCUGCUGACGGCGCUGGUGACCUGGCUCGGCUGGCAGCCCACCCACACCGUCACUUUCACGCACAGCGUGGCGGUGUCGCCGCGCCGCCUCUGGGAGCACGUGGCCGACUUCAACAACAUCGCCGCUCUCAGCCCGCUCAUCACGGAGUUUGACCUGGGCGAGGAGUCGGGCAGCUACCAGGACUGGCGCUACACGGUCACGUACCGGGAGAAGAUGGCCACCCUGCCGCUGGUGGGGCACGCCACCUCCACCUUCCGCGUGAGGCCGGUGGGCGACCGGUUCGAGAUCGAGGGACAAUCACCGCUUCUGCUACAUGAUGCUGCUCUGCUCGCGCGCCACAAACGUGAUGGAGUUCUCUGCGGCCGGACGCGGCGCGCCGGCAACGCGCCUGACGGAGCACAUCACGUACGAGUGCCCGCUGGGCCUGGGCGGCCUCUGCGAGCGCGAGACAGAGACGGGCCGGCGCAAGUUCAUGCACGACCUGCAGGUGUCGCUAGAGGCGUAGCCACGGCGGCGACGACCUCGCCACACGGCCGGGGGGAUGCGGGGCACUCGCCAUGCCCGAGCUGUUUACCUGUGUGGCUAUGUCCUUGAACAUGCAUUACGAAGACAAAGAUGUCAAGACACAAAAAUUGCUUGCGUGACGUGUUCGUUUCCAACAGUAAGAAAUCGUCCUACU